UAUACAUUGUACUCCUUAGUAUAUAACAUGUAACAAACAACCCUUUAAGCUACUACAUACACACAUACUAAGAGCUAAUCUUAGAGAAAGAAAAGAAAGAAAGAUGGUGAACAUAGUGAGUUGUUACAUGUCAAUGUUACACAAAAUGAUGAAGUUACUAGGAAUGCAUUCCAUAGAUGUCGAGAUUAACCCAGAAACGACUAUUCGUUUCUGGGUUAAUACCUCGAACAAGAAGAACAAUAAGGAAAAAAAACCACCGGUCAUACUUCUCCAUGGAUUUGCUGGUGAUGGUUUACUAACAUGGCAAUUCCAAAUUUUAGCCCUAAGAAAAAAAUACACCCUUUAUGUUCCUGACCUUCUUUUCUUUGGUAGGUCCCACUCAACUAACAAAACUGAGAGAUCUACAAAGUUUCAAGCUGAGUGUCUUGUACUAGGGUUAAAGAAGUUGGGUGUUGAGGAAAAAUGUGUUGUGGUUGGGUUUAGUUAUGGUGGGUUUGUUGGGUUCCAAAUGGCUCAACACUACCCUAACUUGGUGGGUUCAUUAGUGGUUAGUGGCUCGGUUGACGCCUUGACUGAGUCUAUAAGUAGUGGUUGCUUGGAGAGAAUAGGGUUUGCUUCUUGGACUGAUUUUUUGAUGCCUGAUAAUGCUCAAGGUGCUAAGGUUCUUCUUGAUAUUGGUUCUUAUGACUUGCCUUGGAUGCCUGAUUUUUUCUACAAACACUAUUGUCAGAUUAUGUUUAGCAAUAGAAAGGAGAGAGUUGAACUAUUAGAGGCUCUUGUGGUCAAAGAUGAAGAUGCCCAUAACCAUCAAUUUCAACAGAGGAUACACCUAUUAUGUGGCAGUGAGGACAAAGUAUUCAACAUGGAGGUGGUAAACAGCCUCAAAAAAAAAUUGGGAUCAAAGACAGAGCUACAAGUUAUAAAGAAUGCUGGUCACCUUGUUUUGUUGGAAAGGCCAAUCGCCUUCAACAAAUGUCUCGUCAAAAUUCUAGCCUCCCUCACUAGCUAAUUAAUAAUUAAUGCGUUGCUAAUUAUUCUUUCAGAAUUAUAUGUAUCAUCUUUUUCUAUUUCUUAUGAGCACAAAUAUAAUGCUUAUAUGGCUUGUAUUUUUAUAAUUAUGCAUAAGCUAAGGUCGCAAUAACUACUCUAUAAGAGUUAUCCUACCUUAUUUAUCGUUUCCUUUUGAGUUACACACUUAAAUCAUAUCUUACUAGUAAUUAUUCUACGCAUUGUAUUGAUUUGCAUAUCAAUGUUGUGAGUAUUAAUCGCAUCAAUCAACAUUCAAAUUAAA